AUGAAGCAUUUUAAUAUCUUAAUAAGUUUCGUGGUUCUAUGGACGAGUGCGUGUAUGGGUCAAGCUCAAAGGUGUAAGACACCACUUGGAAGGAGCAGUCAGUGUGUAUCUAUCUAUAAAUGUCCAGAAUUACUCACAGCAUUUGAGCAACGACCGCUACCAAAUGAAGUGAUUACUUUUCUAAGGCAGUCCCAAUGUGGUUUUGAGGGCUACGUACCAAAUGUGUGUUGUGGUCCCAUGCCUCAACAGCAAACCUCAGGUCCAACAACGCAUUUACAAACUGAACGCCCAGUUCGGCCCUCUGCUGGUGAGGAUCGUUCGGUCCAGGAAGACUCCUAUCCAGCACCUCGUGACAAAUGUGGUGAAGAUACAAAUGGUGACCGCUUGUAUGGUGGACAAUUCACAGACCUAGAUGAGUUUCCAUGGAUGGCGUUAUUAGGAUACUUACCACGUAAUACUGAAACCCUCACAUACCAAUGCGGGGGAGUGCUGUUGAACCGUCGCUACGUCUUAACAGCUGCUCAUUGUGUGGUAGGGGAAAUUGAAAAAGCAGUUGGAAAAUUAGCAACUGCUCGACUCGGCGAGUAUGAUAUUCAGUCGGAUGUUGACUGCCUGUCUGGAACUUGUGCUGAUCCCGUACAAGAAAUCAGAGUACAAGCAGCGUAUCCUCAUCCUGGUUUCGCUGAUAAGAACGUAAACAGAAAAGAUGAUAUCGCUCUGGUACGACUUGCGAAAAGAGCAACUUACUCAUAUUACGUUCAACCUAUUUGCUUAGUGGACAACAAUCUGCGAUUAGAUGUCGGAAGCGACGUAUUUGUGGCCGGCUGGGGAAAAACCCUAAGCGGAAAAAGCAGUCCAGUUAAAUUGAAGUUAGGAAUGCCAAUAUUUAGCAAGUCCGAUUGUUUGUCGAAAUAUAGGAGUCUUGGUGCCGAACUGACUGAUAGACAAAUUUGUGCUGGAGGAGCGUUCGCAGAAGAUGCUUGCAGGGGAGACUCUGGUGGUCCAUUGAUGAGGAGAACGCCUACAGGCGUAUGGGAAACUGUGGCAAUAGUGUCUUUCGGAUACGGAUGCGGAAGAGACGGUUGGCCAGGAGUAUAUACUAAUGUGGCUAGUUAUGUAGACUGGAUACAAAAUACGAUGUCGUCUACUAAUGCU